UUAGAACCAUCUCUUAUGUAUUGGCUCCUAUUAGUUUACCUUAAAUUUAGUAGUAUUGAGUUUGUUUCCUUAGAAUCUCCCUUUAUUUAAUCAGGGUGUAAAUUAUAUAAUACCGGUGGCGGAAAUACAGAAACUAAAGCCGGAGAUCUACUGGUUGAGAUGGUAAACCAUAGAGGGUCGUCUCUUAUGAAAAACGUUUCAACAAACAAAUCAAUCUAUAGGAGACAAUCUCCCAGGGCCAUUGCUCUUUACAUAUUCUUGCUCUUUGCUUUGUCCAUCUUCUUUUUUGUCUUCAAUGCUGGCAACAUUGAAGAAGAACAAUUCAACCCAAUCUCUGUACAGAUAACUGAUGAAGAACUUUGGGAUCCUCCUUCUAGCCGUGGCUUACGUCCUUGUGCUCAUCGUACGCUCAAAUAUAUAGGUUCUCAUGGAUCCGACCGGUAUUUAACAGUGAACUGUAAUGGAGGAUUGAAUCAAAUGCGUACUGGUAUAUCAGACAUGGUGGCUGUAGCACACAUAAUGAAUGCAACCUUAGUUAUUCCAAAGCUGGAUAAACAAUCCUUCUGGCAAGACUCAAGUGCAUUUUCUGAUAUAUUUGAUGAGCUUCAUUUCAUCGCAACUUUACAACAAGAUGUGAAGAUUGUUAAGGAACUUCCAAAGGAACUGGAACAUGUUCCUCAGGCUCGAAAGCACUUUACUUCGUGGUCUAGCAUGGGUUACUACAAAGAAAUGACUCAGCUGUGGAACGAGUAUCAGGUUAUCCAUGUUGUUAAAUCAGAUUCUAGACUCGCGAACAAUGAUCUUCCUCUUGACAUACAGAGGUUGAGAUGCCGUGCUGUGUACCAUGCUCUUCGCUUCUCUGUCCCCAUUGAGAACUUAGGAAAGGAGCUGGUGGAUCGUCUGAGAACGCAGAGUGGAAAAUACAUUGCACUUCACUUAAGAUAUGAGAAAGACAUGCUUGCUUUUACUGGUUGUACUUCUGGUUUGACUGGUGCAGAAUCUGAAGAGCUGAGAAUAAUGAGGGAGAACACAAAACAUUGGAGGGUUAAAGAUAUAAACCCUACUGAUCAGAGAAAAGGUGGCUUUUGUCCACUAACCCCCAAAGAAGUGGGAAUAUUUCUUCGAGCUACUGGUUAUCCUCCAUCAACACUAAUUUAUGUUGCAUCUGGUGAAAUUUAUGGUGGUGAUGCUCGCCUUUCAGAGCUCAAGUCAUAUUUCCCAAAUCUAGUUUUCAAGGAGACACUGGCAACAGAGGAAGAGUUGAAUGCAUUUGCUAACCAUGCAACUCAAAGUGCUGCACUAGAUUACAUUGUUUCUUUGGAAAGCGAUGUGUUUGUUCCAUCAUAUUCAGGUAACAUGGCACAAGCUAUUGAGGGGCACCGCAGAUUCUUGGGCCAUCGAAAGACAAUCUCCCCAGACAGGAAAGGACUUGUCAAGCUUUUUGAUGAGUUGGAAAGAGGAAAAAUAAGAAUAUCAACGUUCUCUGAACUUGUGUGGCAGAUGCACAAAAACAGAAAAGGAGCUCCAAGAAAAAGAAAAGGUCCUUCACCAGGAGCCAAAGGGAAAGAACGUUUCAGGACUGAAGAAUCCUUCUACGAAAAUCCAUAUCAUGAAUGUAUAUGUAGUCCAAAGGGUGUAUAAAGAUGGUCAUGACCCGAUUUGGCUUGCCAUCUGCAAUAUGAUUUAUCAGAGUUGCCUGAGAAUCCCCCAUUCGAGUGGUUAAGAUAAGUUGAACCCCGAUGGUAGGUGCCCCUGAAAUGAAGUUUGAGCAGUGGCUGCCUGCCUUCUAUUUGAUUGACCCAAAGUUCUAAAUGCAUAACUCAGUUACAGUUGCAUCACAUAGUGCCUGCAGUUAAUAGGUAGUUGAAUUUUCUUUAAUUCCCCCUUUCCUCUUAAUAGGUAAAGCUCACACAUUUUGCCCCCGAAUUUGAUUUCAGAUAAAAUCUUUCCCUCCCUCAUUUGU